AUCUCUGCAGUUCUCUCCAGGACAGUCCAUCAGAGAUUCUGAUUAAAAAAAAAUCAUUUUGUCUACAUCUCUGUGGAAAUGGCUGGACCAUCUCAUCAAAGAAAACCAAGCAUGAGCACUUGCCGAAACCAGAAGAAGCGGCCUCAGAAGAUUGACAAACUACCGCCUUGGGCGGUUGUCAAAGGCAUUUUCUUUGGCAAAAUUCCCCAGCAUCAACAAGAGCAGCAGAAGCAAAAACAAAAGCAAAAGGAGCAGCAGGUGGUGGAAGAAAGCGGGAAGAAAUGCAAGAAAAUGCGGUGUUCGGGUUCAUUAUGUAGCAACACCAAGGUCAUGCAAAAGCCUGAAGCAGUUUCUUCGCCUGAAGUCCAUAAGAAAAAGGCACCACCAUCGUCAUCUUCAUCACUUCAAGCUUCUUCUUCUAGCAGAUCCAUGAAAGCUCCUCUACAUGAACUCAAUGGUGUUGUUUCUUCAACGAAUUCUUCGCUUUCUUUAUCUUCGGCGCCAUCAGCCUCCUCCGCUGGCGGUGGUGGUUCUUUCAGAGGAAUGCCAUUCAGGAGAUUCUCCGGCUGUUACGAGUGCCGAAUGGUGGUUGAUCCAGUCCUUGGAAUGGCCAAAGAUCCUUCCUUGAGGACUUCUAUUUGCUCCUGCCCUGAAUGUGGUGAGAUUUUCAUGAAAGCUGAACAUUUGGAGCUUCAUCAAGCUGCUAGACAUGCAGUAUCUGAACUGGGUCCUGAGGACACCAGCAAGAACAUAGUGGAAAUCAUAUUCCAAUCAAGCUGGUUAAAGAAACAAACGCCCAUCUGCAAAAUAGUUCGAAUUCUCAAAGUCCACAACACCCCAAGAACCAUCUCCAAAUUCGAAGAAUACCGAGACUCCAUCAAAUCAAAAGCGACUAAGCUCCCCAAAAAGCACCCGCGCUGCAUAGCCGACGGCAACGAGCUCCUCCGGUUCCACUGCACCACUUUUUCAUGUUCACUCGGCCUCAACGGCUCCUCCAACUUAUGCAACUCAAUCCCAAACUGCAUCGUGUGCAGCAUUAUAAAGAAUGGUUUCAAGGUGGUUCAAGAAGCCAAUGGAAAAGGAAUUCUCACGACGGCAACCAGUGGCAAAGCUCAUGAUAAAGCGGUCGGAGUUGAAGAUGGGAAUGAAAAGAGGGCAAUGCUCGUUUGCAGGGUGAUCGCCGGGAGAGUUCAGAAGAGCAUGGAAGGUAGCAUGGAGGAUUACGACUCAGUUGGGGGAGAUUUUGGGGUCUACUCCAAACUAUAUGAGUUGUAUGUGUUUAAUCCUAAGGCUAUUUUGCCCUGUUUUGUUGUCAUCUAUACAGGGUUUUAACUGGGAUUAUUUUCUUGUUUCGGAUGUAGCAAAAUUCUAUCUUUGUUUUGCUAAAUAAUUACUGCUUUCAGUU